CAGUUUGGUGUUCAAAAGACUGAUGCAGAAGUUUCACCAUGUCCAAAUGCUUGAAUCUUCUUCUUCUUCUGCUGAUGUUUUGUUUCUUCUAUCAAAAGGAAAUCCUGCCAGCAGGAAACACAUCUAUAUCUGUGUCGGGAGAAAAGAGAGGAAACAUCACACUCAGAUGUGAACAUGAGGACGAUAAUAUUGUUCAGAUUGAUUUAAUCACUCAGUCAGAAAUCAUAGAAGUGUGUGAGACUGAAGAAUGUAGUGGACGAGUGUUUAAAGAAGGAAACUGUGACGUCGUCAUCAAGAAUCUGAUCUUCAGUGACGCUGGGAAAUACACUUUGAGAAUCUAUUACAAUAAUGAUCAGACAGAGCUGGAGCGACAAAUCAGGAAGUACCAACUUCAUAUUCAUGAUGAGAUUUCUGUGAAAACAGGCGAGGAGCUAAAGAUGUCUGUUCUGGUGUCUGAUGCUGAUAAAGUGAAGACAAACUCUAGUGGAGAGUGGAAGGAGGUUUGGACGAGAGAUCACGGGGUUCAGAGCGACCGAAUGAAUGAUGAUAAUGAUGGAAACCUGAUCAUUAAAUCAUUUCUGGACAGAGAUGCAGGAACAUACAGAGUUCUGGACACUGAAGGAGAAAUCUUGAUCACAGUCACAAUCACAGCGGGAGAAAACACAGCUCCCCACCGUUCUGCUCCAGAUCAUUGGAGCUGGGUAGAAACAUUUCUCUUUGGUUUUGUGACUUCUGUAUUUUUUGCGUAUAUAGUGAUUAUAGCAGUUCAGUUUUUGCUUAUGUUUGCUGGAAUUAUCUGAUGUAAUUACACUUGCUGUUUUAUUAAGAAUAU